AUGCAGUGGAUCAAAUCCAGCAUCCCUCCUUCCCAGUUUGAAGGCUUUGCAGCAGCCAACCCAGUAGACAUUCCAAGCUUUUCUCCAGUUCAUCUGAUACUGAGGAAAGUGCUGGUUCACGGGGGAGGGGUGCACCGUGCAGGCCAGCAGCAAGUCUCCGGGGGUGAGAAUCCUGGAAUGACUGACUCACUUUUACCUGGUUGUGAAGAAGAGGGAGGGGUUAUGACUUGCUGAGGUCCUGAGGUUUUGCAUGGGGUAACUUAGUCUGUUUUCCCCAUGUGCCAAUGAGACUGGGACCAGUAGUCAGGUGACCUGUUCUAUUUAUGCUCCCGAUUGUGGUCUACUAAACUACCCCCUCUGGGUCACUAGCCAGAACACAGAGCAGAUUAUCCUAAGAGAAGUGACUGAGUGUAGCUUGUGUUGAAACAUAACAUGCAUAUAGUAACUUCUGCUAGUAUAGCCUAGCUAGCACUGGCGUAGUUACUUCAAUUGUUUAAGCAUAUGUUGCACAACAGUGAUUCAAAUACUUUUUCAGAAUAUUGACAAUCUUAAGGGGGUUAGCCAUCAGUGACGGAGUUGACAAGCCACUGACGGAGUUGAUAACAUACUCAAAACAGAAAUACGCUACGUGCUUCAGCACUCUGCGGUCCCGUUCUGUGAGCUUGUGUGGCCUACCACUUUGCGGCUGAGCCGUUGUUGCUCCUAGACGUUUCCACUUCACAAUAACAGCACUUACAGUUGACCGGGGCAGCUCUAGCAGGGCAGAAAUUUGACGAACUGACUUGUUGGAAAAGUGGCACGUUGUAUGACGGUGCCACGUUGAAAAUCACUGAGCUCUUCAGUAAGGCCAUUCUAUUGCCAAUGUUUUUCUACGGAGAUUGCAUGGCUGUGUGCUCGAUUUUUAUACCCCUGUCAGCAACGGGUGUGGCUGAAAUAGCUGAAUCCACUCAUUUGAAGUGGUGUCCAUAUACUUUUGUGUAUUCUUGCUUCUAAAAAUAAAAGUUCAAUAUAAACAUUUGUGCAGUGUCUUCGGAAAGUAUUCAGACCCCUUGACGUUUUCCACAUUUAGUUAGGUUACAGCCUUAUUCUAAAAUGUAUUACAUUGUUUUUUUCCUUAAUCAAUCUACACACAAUACCCCAUAAUAACAAAGCAAAAACAGGUUUUUAGAAAUGUUUGCUAAUUUAUUACAAAUAAAAAACGUUAUCACAUUUACAUAAGUAUUCAGACCCUUUACUCAGUACUUUCUUGAAGCACCUUUGGCAGCGAUUACAGCCUCAAGUCUUCUUGGGUAUGAUGCUACAAGCUUGGCACACCUGUAUUUGUGGAGUUUCUCCCAUUCUUCUCUGCAGAUCCUCUCAAGCUCUGUCAGGUUGGAUGGAUGGGAGCGUUUUGGACAGCUAUUUUCAGGUCUCUCCAGAGAUGUUCGAUCGGGUUCAAGUCCAGGCUCUGGCUGGGCCACAAUGGCGUUCAGAGACUUGUCCCGAAGCCACUCCUACGAUGUCUUGGCUGUGUGCUUAGGGUCGUUGUCCUGUUGGAAGGUGAACCUUCGCCCCAGUCUGAGGUCCUGAGUGCUCUGGAGCAGGUUUUCAUCAAGGAUCUCUCUGUACUUUGCUCCAUUCAUCUUUCCCUCGAUCCUGACUAGUCUCCCAGUCCCUGCUGCUGAAAAACAUCCCCACAGCAUGAUGCUGCCACCACCAUGCUUCACUGUAGGGAUGGUGCCAGGUUUCCUCCAGACGUGACGCUUGGCAUUCAGGCCAAAGAGUUCAAUCUUGGUUUCAUCAGACCAGAGAAUCUUGUUUCUCAUGGUCUGAGAUUCUUUAGGUGCUUUUUGGCAAACUCCAAGCGGACUGUCGUGCCUUUUACUGAGGAGUGGCUUCCGUCUGGCCACUCUACCAUAAAGGCCUGAUUGGUGGAGUGCUGCAGAGAUGGUUGUCCUUCUGGAAGGUUCUCUCAUCUCCACAGAGGAACUCUAGAGCUCUGUUAGAGUGACCAUCGGGUUCUUGGUCACCUCCCUGACCAAGGCCCUUCUCCCCGAUUGCUCAGUUUGGCCGGGUGGCCAGCUCUAUGAAGAUUCUUGGUGGUUCCAAACUUCUGCCAUUGAAGAAUGAUGGAGGUCACUGUGUUAUUGGGGACCUUCAAUGCUGCAGAAAUGUUUUGGUACCCGUCCCCAGAUCUGUACCUUGAAACAAUCCUGCCUCGGAGCUCUACGGACAAUUCCUUCGAACUCAUGGCUUGGUUUUUGCUCUGACAUGCACUGUCAACUGUGGAACCUUGUAUAGACGGGUGUGUGCCUUUCCAAAUCAUGUCCAAUCAAUUGAAUUUACCACAGGUGGACUCCAAUCAAGUUAUAGAAUCAUCUCAAGGAUGAUCAAUGAAAACAGGAUGCACCUGAGCUCAAUUUUGAGUCUAAUAGGAAAGGUGCUGAAUACCUGUUUUCGCUUCGUCAUUAUGGGGUAUUGUGAGUAGAUUGCUGAGGAAAUGUUUUUAUUUAAUCCAUUUUAAAAUAAGGCUGUAACGUAACAAAGUAUGGAAAAGGUAAAUACUUUCUGAAGGCACUGUAAGUAUGGAAAAUGAUUAAUUUUUAAAUCCCCAAUAAAAACAUAACCAUUUUAUCAGAUCUUUCAGCACUUUAACAGAGUUCACGUUAGAAAAAAAUCUGAUGGAGUUGAUGUUUUACGGAGUUGACAAAUUUCAUUUUUCUUCUUCAUUCAAGUGGUAUGCAGAGUAGCAAUUUUGUUUUUCUUCAGUUGCUUUAUGACUCUUAAACCGAAUUAUCUAUCAGGCAGAUGGAGUUGACAGUUUAUGGUUGUGACCAUGGUGAUUUCAAUAUUGUUUGUUUAAAUCUAUCAAAAGUAGAGACAUUUUACAGACCUUGAGUGGUCUUGUUGCACUACAUGUACAGUAAUGAGGACAUGAAUAAGGGGUCCUUAUGGUAUAGCUGACCCUGCUCAUUCCUGAUUAAUUUAGGAUUUUAGACCAAAUCUCCAGACACAUCUUUUAAGAAUCACAGUCUUUAGAGAAAUAUUGUUUAAAGCCACUAUUGCAAGAAACUACAUAACAUACUUUUUCAGUUAGUAUCCAUUAUUGCCAGUUUUUAAAAAUAAUUUUAAACACUUUUUUGGAGAGUUUGAAAUGGGGAUCCUUUGCUCCGGACAAGGGCAUUUCCAGGCAUAGAGCUGACAUGGAAAUGUAUAAAAUUGAAAGUAUUUAGAAAAUUCCAAAAACAAAUAUUUUCCUUAUAAAAUUCGCCUAAAUGUAAAUGUUAAGCUCAAAUAAUGCAACAAAAUCAAUUUUUUAAACUAUAAAAAUAAAGUUUCCCAGCCGGACUAGGAUUGCCCCGAUUUUCAAGAAUCCCUAAACUAAUUUCCUGCUAUUCUACACAUUUUGCCAUGAGGAAUUUCAUGCAAUGCAAACAGAUGAAGGCAUGGAAACACAGUGAGCUCCAGGUGUUGUUCUCUCUAUCUGGAGACAUGGUAAUGUUCGUGGUGUUGGACAGAGUUUCAGGUAACAGCUGAGUUGGGCUGAUCUGUCAAUAUAGAUCACUGUGAGCUUGCAGUAAAUCUGACUUUAUGAUCUGGUGUUUAUGAAAUGGUUAUAUAUUAAACUGAAACAGGAAUAUACAGUGAGGGAAAAAAGUAUUUGAUCCCCUGCCGAUUUUGUACGUUUGCCCACUGACAAAGACAUGAUCAGUCUAUAAUUUUAAUGGUAGGUUUAUUUGAACAGUGAGAGACAGAAUAACAACAACAAAAUCCAGAAAAACGCAUGUCAAAAAUGUUAUAAAUUGAUUUGCAUUUUAAUGAGGGAAAUAACUAUUUGACCUCUCUGCAAAACAUUACUUAGUACUUGGUGGCAAAACCCUUGUUGGCAAUCACAGAGGUCAGACGUUUCUUGUAGUUGUCCACCAGGUUUGCACACAUCUCAGGAGGGAUUUUGUCCUACUCCUCUUUGCAGAUCUUCUCCAAGUCAUUAACGUUUCAAGCCUGACGUUUGGCAACUCAAACUUUCAGCUCCCUCCACAUAUUUUCUAUGGGAUUAAGGUCUGGAGACUGGCUAGGCCACUCCAGGACCUUAAUGUGCUUCUUCUUGAGCCACUCCUUUGUUGCCUUGGCCAUGUGUUUUGGGUCAUUGUCAUGCUGGAAUACCCAUCCACGACCCAUUUUCAAUGCCCUGGCUGAGGGAAGGAGGUUCUCACCCAAGAUUUGACGGUACAUGGCCCCGUCCAUCGUCCCUUUGAUGCGGUGAAGUUGUCCUGUCCCCUUAGCAGAAAAACACCCCCUAAAGCAUAAUGUUUCCACCUCCAUGUUUGACAGUGGUGUCACGCCCUGACUCAGGGUGUGUAUAUUCUUUGUUGUGUAUGUUCUAUGUUGUACGAUCUAGUAUGUAUGGUUCUAUGUUGGCCGGUGUGGUUCCCAAUCAGAGGCAGCUGUCGUUCGUUGUCUCUGAUUGGGGUCAAUACUUAGGCAGCCUAUUGGCACUAGUGGGUUGUGGGAUCUUGUUCCGUGUAAGGUAUGUUGUGUGUGCUACCUUGGACUUCACGUUUCAUUUCGUUUAUUGUUUUGUUGAGUGUUUAUUAAGUUAAAAUAAACAUGUAUGCAUCUCACGCUGCGCCUUGGUCCGUCCCGUCCUUCAACGAACGUGACAGAAGAUCCCAAUAGACCUGGACCAAGCAGUGUGCCGAGGAGGAGCAGAGAGGAUGGACUUGGCAGGAGAUAAGAGAGGAUCUGACAAGAAAGAUGGAGGCCCUGAAAGGGAUCAGGGUGGAGAGGCAACCCCAAUAAAAAAAUUUUGGGGGGCACACGGUGUGGACGACGAGGCAGCAGGUGGCCGCGACAGGGCGGAUCUGCUGGUUAGGAGAGGAGGCCACCAUAUUACGGGGGCUAUUGGUUCAGAGGGAGCAGGAGGUAUUUGGUCAGAGGGAGGCGCUACAGGAGGCUAGAAGGGAGAAGGAAGGUGUAGAGGCACGGCGAGAGGAGCUGGUUAGGCAGCAGAAGGAGCGGGGGUUAAUAAAGGAACCCAGUCCUGCUCCUCGCACCAAGAAAGUGGUGCGUGUCGCCAGUCCGGUCCGGCCCGUUCCUGCUCCCCGCACCAAGCCAAGUGGUGCGUGUUCCCAGUACGGCCCGGCCCGUUCCUGCUCCCCGCACCAAGCCUGUGGUGCGCGUCGCCAGCCCGGCCGUCCUGUUCCUGCUCUUCGCACCAAGCCAGUGGUGCAUGUUCCUAGUCCGGUCCGGCCCGUGCCUGCUCCUCGCACCAGACCAGUGGUGCGUUUGUCCAGUCCGGCACGGCCCGUGCCCAUUCCACCGGUGCCUGGUCCGGCACCGGUCAGCUGCUCCACUCCGGAGCCAGAGCAGUCCGCUCCACCGGUGCCUGAUCCAGUUCCGGUCAGCCGUUCCACUCCGGAGCCAGAGCAGUCCGCUCCACCGGUGCCUGAUCCAGCUCCAGUCAGCAGCUCCACUCCGGAGCCAGAGCAGUCCGCUCCACCGGUGCCCAGUCCAGCUCCGGUCAGCGGCUCCAGUCCAGACCAUGACGUCAGCCCCUCUCCAGGUUCAGGGUCUCCCACACCAGGGUCCAGACAGGGCCUGGCGUAUCGUGGGAGGAAGGAGAGGGGAAGUAGCGCGCUGAGGUCCAAACCAGACCAGGGGCGCAACAGAGAGGCGGACAGUGAGAGGUUGUCACGCCCCAAGCCGGAUCCACCUCCGAGGCAGAAUGCCCGGCCCCUACCCUGUUAUGUUUAUGUUGUGCGGUCGGAGUCCGCACCUUUGGGGGGGGGGGGGGGGGGUACUGUCACGCCCUGACUCAAGGGACUCUUAUAUGUUGAGUCAGGGUGUGUAUAUUCUUUGUUGUGUAUGUUCUAUGUUGUACGAUCUAGUAUGUAUGGUUCUAUGUUGGCCGGUGUGGUUCCCAAUCAGAGGCAGCUGUCGUUCGUUGUCUCUGAUUGGGGACCAUACUUAGGCAGCCUAUUGGCACUAGUGGGUUGUGGGAUCUUGUUCUGUGUAAGGUAUGUUGUGUGUGCUACCUUGGACUUCACGUUUCGUUUCGUUUAUUGUUUUGUCGAGUGUUUAUUAAGUUAAAAUAAACAUGUAUGCAUCUCACGCUGCGCCUUGGUCCGUCUCGUCCUUCAACGAACGUGACAGGUGGGGAUGGUGUUCUUGGGGUCAUAGGUAGCAUUCCUCCUCCUCCAAACACGGCGAGUUGAGUUGAGCUUGCGGGCGCUGCAGGACCUUGCGGGCGCUGCAGGAUUUCAGUCCUUCACGGCGUAGUGUGUUACCAAUUGUUUUCUUGGUGACUAUGGUCCCAGCUGCCUUGAGAUCAUUGACAAGAUCCUCCCUUGUAGUUCUGGGAUGAUUCCUCACCGUUCUCAUGAUCAUUGCAACUCCAUGAGGUGAGAUCUUGCAUGGAGCCCCAGGCCGUGGGAGAUUGACAGUUCUUUUGUGUUUCUUCCAUUUGCGAAUAAUCGCACCAACUGUUGUCACCUUCUCACCAAGCUGCUUGGCGAUGGUCUUGUAGCCCAUUCCAGCCUUGUGUAGGUCUACAAUCUUGUCCCUGACAUCCUUGGAGAGCUCUUUGGUCUAGGCCAUGGUGAAGAGUUUGGAAUCUGAUUUAAUUGAUUGCUUCUGUGGACAGGUCUUUUAUACAGGUAACAAACUGAGAUUAGGAGCACUUCCUUUAAGAGUGUGCUCCUAAUCUCAGCUCGUUACCUGUAUAAAAGACACCUGGGAGCCAGAAAUCUUUCUGAUUGAGAGGGGGUCAAAUACUUAUUUCCCUCAUUUAAAAUGAAAAUCAAUUUAUAAAAUUUUUGACAUGCUUUUUUCUGUCAGUGGGCAAACGUACAAAAUCAGCAGGGGAUCAAAUACUUUUUUCCCACACUGUAUAUGUUGUUUAUGAUCCAGGGUUUGUUCUCCACAGUGGAACAUGUGUAAAAGGACAGAUACCCGUGUGAACGAAAACAACAUCAAUAUAAAACUUUUAGAUGAUCAUGAUGGCUAAGAGACUUACUACCAUGUCUUCAUGUCAGAAAAGAGAUCCUAAAAAUAAUGUGUGGCUGUUUGUGAAAUGAGUCAAAGGUUUAAAAAAGGAGAGGAGACCGAGGAAAAAAUAACCCCAGAUUCUUCGGGUCAGGGUUGCAUGAAUUCUGAACCAACUACUUCUCUCUCCCAAACAAGGUCACGAGCAGAUUAUUUCCAUGGUUGUGGCCAGUGGGCUGUCAAGAAGAAUGGCAAGGCCUGCUCUGAUGCUGACGGUUAGUCAUACAAACGGAGAAGGAGCCUGCUCAAACCGCAGUCUUUUUCGAAAUAAAUGAGUUGGAGUCUAAUGUCCAAAGGCACACAGAUGGGCCGCGGUGCAGAAAAUGCUGUGUUUACUCUCUAGAACACGGGCUUAUUUAGGUACACAGAACAGCCUGUUUAAGCUGUCUGGAACAUUACGUGUGGAUCUAAUUGAUUCAGGGUGUGUUAUGCUGUGUGGAUGUGGGCCUACAGUAAUAGUCUUUUUUUUAUUUUUUAUUUAAACUGUUGUUGUGUUUUGGAAAAUUGAUAAAGUCACUGCUUAUCUUGAUUAGUCACUGCUUACGAAGCUGAAAAAAAUAUAGAUGUCUGACACUUCCCUCUCAGUGGGCAACACCUUACGGGUCUGGGUGCUGUGGAAACAGUGUGUGGCAGGGCUACUGUACAGGAACCAACUGAGGCAUGAUUGCCUGGCAGCUAGACAACUGGCAGAACAUUUGGAAAUGCUUUUCUGUGGUCACUAAAGUGACCUGCAAAGAGGAUAGGAGGAAGGAGUUGUCUACGACUCGAGUUAGACAUUAACAGUUCUUAAAAAUCUAAUGCCAAAAUGACCUCAAGUAGAGUAGGUGGUAAUCUCACUGAGCGUAGGCACCCACUUAUGUUGUCCUGUGGUGACACCGCUGCUGGGGCUGUCUGUUCCAAACUGAGUCACAGCACUUCCUGUUCAGAGAGCGAAGGAAACACCCAGAGCACAGGGCACCAAUGAGUCACUACACCAACUGGACAUUAAUAACUCACUACUUGAAACUUUAUAUCCAUGGCAACAUCUCUGAGUAAAGGGAGUGGCUCCCCUCUGCAAACCAUGCCCACAAAUACUAAAGAUCGACUUUUAUUGUCUUCACAGAAUUACCUAUUUCUCUUAGCAGUAACUGUCUUAUCCUAACUAUAAAUGGUUAACAACGAUCUUCUAUAUAUCAUCCAUACCUUCUAACCCAGUGUGUGUGAUUUCUCCAUGCAGGCAGCAUGGUGUACCAUCCUGAGUUUGAGAAGGCUGGCCAGCAGUCGGGCCUGCAGGUGUGGAGGAUUGAGAAGUUUGACCUGGUGGCCGUGCCAGAGAACCUGUAUGGAAGCUUCUACACAGGAGACGCCUACCUCGUCCUCAACACCAUCAAGCAGCGCUCUGGGAACCUGCAGUAUGACCUGCACUUCUGGCUGGGUGAGGACAGAACCAGGAGCAUGAUGGGUUGCAUAACAAAGCCUGGUGGAUAUGAUUUGAGGUCAUAGAAAUAUAAUUACUAGAACGGGCAUCUUCCUUGAAGUCAAUGUACUGUGAUCGGUGGCCAUAUUGAAUGUAAUUCUAUCUCUAUGAUUGAUGUACACCAGCAGAGUUCUGAGUCAGGCCCAUUUCAUUGUAUUGAUCAUGCCUGCAUAAUGUAAUGGGAAAUGUACUAAGUGAGUGAUGCCCAAGCUAGCUUCAUUCAUUGUACCGGUAUGUAUCAAUUGGGUUUUGCUUAGGGAAAUAGUAAUCCGUGACAUCUGUGAAAUCUAGCAGACUAAGCAGCCAUUGUGGGUUGGGCCUCCAUUGACAGACAAGAGAGCAAAAUGUUGCAAUUCAGUGUGUAACAUCCGUGGUUUCUCUGCUCCAGGUGAUUUCUGCACCCAGGAUGAAAGUGGAGCAGCAGCCAUCUUCACAGUCCAGAUGGAUGACUAUCUGGGGGGUAAACCCAUCCAGUACCGCGAGGUCCAGGGACAUGAGUCCAAAGUAUUCCUGGGUUACUUCAAGGCUGGACUGAAGUACUUGGUGAGAUAUUAUUUGAGAUUUUCUUUUUGCAUUAUUGCUACAAUCCUGCCAAUGACACAUGAUAUUGCAUUCAUACCUCAGGCGGGGGUAUUGUUAUAUACCUGAAUGGUUUUGGAGUAACCAACCUAAUCAACCUUUUUAAUGGGAAUAAAGUAUAAAGUAUUCCUCCAUACAAUUCCUAGAAAUUGGAAUUGUAUGGAGGAAAUGUGCCCUAGAAAUGUGAAUGACUGCAUAAUACCUGUGCCGUAUCUUUUGUCACUGUUUUAGAAAGGAGGUGUGGCAUCCGGGUUCAAACAUGUGGUCACCAACGAGGUGGUUAUGCAGCGGGUGCUGCAGGUCAAAGGUCGGCGUGUUGUCAGGGCAACGGAGGUGCCUGUCAGCUGGGACAGCUUCAACCAGGGAGACUGCUUCAUCCUGGACUUGGGAAGCGUGAGUUACCAUCAGCCUGAGGGAGACAUGGCGUCAUCAAACAUUGGUGUCACAUUUAAAUUAUAAAACGGAGAAGCAUAUGCACAUUGUAGGUUUCACAUCUUGCUUACAAUAAAAUAUAAACAUUUAAUAGAGAGAUUGCAAGAAUUUUAAGGAUAUUUGUACAAACUAAUUCCAUGUCGAUGCUGACCACAUGAUAAUAAUGAUAAUGAUAAUGAUAAUGAUGAUAAUAAUAAUAAUAAUAAUAAUGAUAAAUGGGAUUUUAUGCGCCUUUAAAAAAACAAACAAGGACACUGUAAAGCAGGGUUCUUCAAUUCCGGUCCUGGAGGGCCGAAACACCUCUGUUUUUCAUCCUCUCCUUCUAAUCAGGGGCUAAUUCAGACCUGGGACACCAGGUGAGUGCAAUUAACUACCAGGUAGAAAUAAAAAACAGAAGUGUUUCGGCCCUCUAGGACCGGAAUUGAAGAACCCUGCUGUAAAGGGUAUAAAACAAAACAAGAAUAAGAAAAUGAAAUGAAUAAAAGCUCCUUAGCUUAUUCCUGUCUUUUGUGUUGUGUGUCCCUCCUCUCACAGGAGAUCUACCAGUGGUGUGGUUCCCAGAGCAACCGCUUUGAGAAGCUGAAGGCCACCCAGGUUGCCAAGGGUAUCCGUGACAACGAGCGCAGUGGGCGAGCCCGCGUUUACGUGUGUGACGAGGGGGCAGAGAGAGACAAGAUGAUAGAGGUGAGAUCAUAAACAAUUAAAGAACAGGAGAGUCUUCUUACUCUCUUUAUCUCUCUCUGUGUCUGUGAUUGGUUGAUGUCUAUUAUGGUGUAUAAUGGACAUUUUAAUGAACUCCAGCUGUGGUAAAAGUAUUGUUUUAUUUUCUGAAGUACUUCUAAAAGGGAUCUUCUCUGUGCGUCUUCAGGUUCUGGGAGAUAAACCAGACCUGCCUGAAGGAUCCUCUGAUGACAUCAAAGCAGAUGCCUCAAACAGGAAGAUGGCCAAACUGUACAAGGUGGGAGAACAGUGAACAAACCACUGAAACGAACAUCCAACUGGUCUAGUUGCAUUAUGAGGACUUUUCACAUACACCUGUGCCUAACGAGAAAAACACGUCUCUGAUCUCUCCUCUACAACUCUUCCUCUGUCUCUCCUCCUCUCCCCCAGGUGUCCAAUGGCAGUGGAGACAUGGCCAUGUCCAUGGUGGCAGCAGAGAACCCAUUCUCCCAGAGUGCACUGGAGUCCAGCGACUGCUUCAUCCUGGAUCACGGCUCUGAUGGCAAGAUCUUCGUCUGGAAAGGUCAGCAGGGGUCACCCAAUAUCAAAGAAAUGUUUAUGAUCAGCUGAUUUUUCACAGUUAGAAAUACCAUCAAUUCAGCAAGUCAAUGAAAGCACAGUAGCUAGACUUGUUUUGGCAUGGUAUGGCUGCUUUCAUGUCCAUUUGGUAACACUUAAGGUAUAGCAUUACAGACCACAUUUAGAGAAUGAGACAUUGAACAGUGUCACACAGAGAUUAUAUGAUGGAACUGGAAGAGGUUUAUUCUUUCCAAAGAUAAUGGUCCUCAGUUAUAUACCAUGGUGAUAGUUAUACGUAAAUGUUGAUUUUCAGUCUUUAGAGUUCUAAGUGGUUGAAUUAAUGAAACCUAUUUUUUGAAUUUUUCUUCCCUCUCCCACGUACUCUCACCCAGGCAAAGAAGCCAACCUGGAGGAGCGUAAGGCAGCCAUGAAAGCAGCAGAUGAGUUCAUCAAGAAGAUGGGGUACCCCAAACACACCCAGGUGCAGAUCCUGCCGGAGAUGGGAGAGACGCCUCUCUUCAAGCAGUUCUUCAAGAACUGGCGUGACAAGGACCAGACAGAGGGCCUGGGUGUGGCCUACGUCUCCAACAGCAUCGCCAAGAUAGUGAAGGUGUCCUUUGAUGCCGCCACACUCCACGACUCCCCUGCCAUGGCUGCCCAGCACGGCAUGGUGGACGGCGGCAACGGAGAGAAGCAGGUAGGUGGACGAGAUGAGGAGCCGGAGCAUGUGUACACAUUGUACGGCAAGCCUUCCCAUUCAUCUUUCUUAGAGUAACUAUCAGGAUGAGUAUUGCUAUGAGUAACUAUCAACUUUAUAAAGAAGGGCUAUUAUACAGUAAUAGCAUUCUGUGAGGUACUGUGAGGCAGUCAUGUUUGGGUUUCAGCCCAAUGCAGUCAAAACAGGAAGGAUAUUAAAGUAGUAAAUCUCUGAUGAACAGAUAGCAACCAAAUGAGAGGGACAUGAUUCUGCAUUAUUCAAGCUGUAUUUACAUAUACAGCUUUGUUUCAGUAGCCUGCCACAACUAGGGGUUACAUCAUGUGUAUGUGUAUGGACAGAUCUGGCGUAUUGAGGGAUCAGACAAGGUGGAAGUGGACCCCUCCACACAUGGACAAUUCUACGGGGGAGACAGUUACAUCAUCCUCUACAACUACCACCAUGGAGGACGCCAAGGACAUAUUAUCUACAUGUGGUAAGAGAGACAUUAAAAUAGAAUUAAAAUGAUGGAAAAUAAACAGUAGAAACUAUCAGUAGAGAUAUUUUGCCUGCUAACUGGAGUCUCUCUCAGGCAGGGAAGUGAUUCUUCCCAUGACGAAAUUGGUGCUUCAGCCAUCUUGGGUGCCCAGUUGGACGAUGAGCUUGGUGGUGGGCCUGUGCAGGUAAUGAAUGAGUGGGUGUGUGUGUGGAAGAAGUGGCUUUCUUUUCCCAUCGCAUAUUCCUUUUUUAUAUACUUUCCUCUUGGCCUCAUCUAUAUUGAGCCCAGUAACCUCCUUCCUUACCAGUGUGUCUGCUCAUUCUCCCUCUUCCUCCACCAUUGCUUCCUGUCAUUUCCUGCCUCUUUGUUUUUUCCAGGUUUCUGGGGCUCCUAUUACCACCCAGGUACUCCCCUGUCAGGGCUGCAUGACUCAGUACAUAGACCAGGCAUGGGGGGCUUAGAAUCUCUGUAUUUAACUGAUAUGGCUCAAUGUGUUUACAGAGAAAUCAGCCGGUUGAAAUCAACAGGGACCCCAAACAGGACAUUCCAAAGCCAUGUUUAUGAGGGAGAUCCCUUUGCCCUCCCUGAUCCUGUUGCAUUAUCACUCUGACACAUAGCUACUGAUCCCAGACCAGCCUAUUAUCUGACCUGCUGUGGGGACGAAGAGCUCUCUUGCUUGUCCUUAAGAAAUUUGCUCAACUCAAGCAAGGACCAUUGCAUAGGCCACCAGUGAUUCUAGGUUGUCUUUUAUACUGCAGUUCUUUAUGAUUUAGCUAGAUCAUGCCUUGGCUCUGUAUAAGGUUCCAGGCUCUGGGAAUGUCUGUGACCAUCUCUUGCUGUGUAUCUGUCUGUGUGUGUCUGUCUAUGCCUGUCAGUGUCUCACCCUCCUGUCUAUAUACAGUGUGAAAAUGUUUGCUGUGCACUGCGUAGUUAUGUUAUUGAUGUGUUAUAAUGCAUGACUAACAAUAAUCCUACAUUUGUGUAGAAGCCCACCAGGGUGGAAACUUCAGUCACAAACCUGUUUAUAUUCCAAGCAACUGUCCAUGAUGUCUAAACGCUGACGACACCUAUCAUACAUUUGUAACGGUAUGAUACAUAGUCGUGCAAAAUAAACAGCAUUUAGAGGAACUUAAUGCAUAGAAAUGCAUGAAAAUAAGUCAGCACACUAUAAACAUGCAACCUUGCCUCACAAGUUUUCAGUACAGAGGUACUUUCACUCUGUGCAAUAUGCACCUAAUUUCUCUCUAGCCCUCCGUCCAGCAGUCUCCAAUUUUGGGAGGAAAACAUCUGAAACGAGGCUUUGUGCAUGCCCACGCAGGUCCCAACAUUUCAGGAAUGGUGUUGAGAGGAGAACAAACACACUCUUGAGUGACUAAACAGUGAGAAAGCCACACAGUCCGUCGGCCUGGGAGGGGGAGAGAAGUCCCCUUUGUGCUGGCGGAUGAUGAGGCAAACUGGCUGCAUCCAGCAAACAGGAAGUCCUGCUGUCAGACAGCUAGACAGACAGACAGACGCACAGCAUCCUGGGAGAUUAGGGUAGGGAGUGCCAUGGAACACUUAACUCUGUCAGAGUUCUCCUACCCUGUUGUUGUUCAGAGCUCACUGCUGCCACCCUGUGGGAUAUUAUUGUAGACACAUGCAAGGCUGCAUCGCAAAUAAAUCUAGAUUUCCAAAUAGAUGUAAUUCAAUACAAUUAUAUUCUUCCAAAGAUCCACAGCUUUUUGAUUUUCCCUGCAUUUGGUCUCAGAAUUUCUUAUUGCACAGAAUAUAAUUUUUGUGAAAUUAUACAGCAUGAAUCACCAUGAUUAACAAUGUGUCCAACUACAUCACAACAGUAUAGAUGUUUGUUAACUAGUUUGCUCUGUGGUCCAGGUGAGGGUAGUCCAGGGCAAGGAGCCAGCUCACCUCAUGAGCCUGUUCAGGGGACAGCCCAUGGUGGUGUACAAGGGAGGUACGUCCAGAGACGGGGGUCAGUCCGCUCCCGCUGAAACACGACUCUUCCAGGUGCGCUCCAACUCUGCAGGGUGCACAAGAGCUGUGGAGGUGAGUAACAUCGGGAUAGGGCCCUGUUUUUCUGAAAUGAGCUACUCAACUGCACUAUAUUUAAAUACAUGACACUUGUGGUCAUUUUCCACCCACCAUGUUUCAUCCAUCCACCUCUAGGUUGAUGCUGUGUCCUCCAACCUGAACUCCAACGACGCCUUCCUCCUGGUGACUCCAGCAGCCUCCUUCAUGUGGGUGGGCCAGGGGGCCAGUGACACUGAGAAAAAUGGCACCCAGCAGCUCUGUGACAUUCUGGGGGUGUCCUCCUCAGAACUGUCUGAGGGCGGAGAGACUGGUAUGUACUGUACGUUGUGCCAAUGGACAUUGGCUUUUCUUUGCUCUGUGGCUGGCUGUGGCAUGUCCUAACCAACUGCUUGUUGUGUGUCUCUGUGCAGAUGACUUCUGGGAGGCUCUGGGAGGGAAGGCAGCGUACCGCACCUCCUCCAGACUGAGAAGCAAGGACAAGUUGGACGCCCAUCCACCCAGGCUCUUUGCCUGCUCCAACAAGACCGGAAACUUCAUUGUGAGUCCCAUAUUAUUACCAUCAGCCAUUCGUGGUUAACCCUUUAACCCUGGUCUUUCUAAUGUUCCUGGUUCCCUCCACCCAGAUUGAGGAGGUACCUGGGGAGAUGACCCAAGAGGAUCUGGCUACCGAUGAUGUCAUGAUCAUGGACACAUGGGAUCAGGUAGAUACAUUAGCAUGUGGUAUUUUCUAAGAUGUGAAUAUGAUUAAGUGUGGAGAUGUACUAACAGUAACACAGUGGAUAACAGAUUCAUUUUAAUGUCACUUUAAUAAUGUUUACAUACUGUUUUACCCACUUCAUAUGUAUAUACUGCAUUCGGAAAGUAUUCAGACCCCUUUACUUUUUCCACAUUUUGUUACGUUACAGACUUAUUCUAAAAUGGAUUUAAUUGUUUUUUUCCCCUCAUCAAUCUACACACACUACCCCAUAAUGACAAAGCAAAAACGAUUUUUAGAAAUGUUUGCAAUAAAAAAAACUGAAAUAUAACAUUUACAUUAGUAUUUAGACCCUUUACUCAGUACUUCUUUGGAGUACCUUUGGCAGCGAUUACAGCCUCAAGUCUUCUUGGGUGGGACGCUACAAGCUUGGCACACCUGUUUUUGGGGAGUUUCUCCCAUUCUCUGCAGAUCCUCUCAAGCUCUGUCAGGUUGGAUGGGGAGUGUCGCUGCACAGCUAUUUUCAGGUCUCUCCAGAGAUGUUAGAUCGGGUUCGUCCGGGCUCUGGCUGGGCCACUCAAGGACAUUCAGAGACUUGUCCCGAAGCCACUCCUGCGUUUUCUUGGCUGUGUGCUUAGGGUCGUUGUCCUGUUGGAAGGUGAACCGUCACCCCAGUCUGAGGUCCUGAGCGCUCUGGAGCAGGUUUUCAUCAAGGAUCUCUCUGUACUUUGCUCCAUUCAUCUUUACCUCGAUCCUGACUAGUCUCCCAGUCCCUGCCGCUGAAAAACGAUCCACCACCAUGCUUCACCGUAGGGAUGGUGGAUGGUUUCCUCCAGACGUGACGCUUGCCAUUCAAGCCAAAGAGUUCUAUCUUGGAUUCAUCAGAAUAGAGAAUCUUGUUUCUCAUGGUCUGAGAGUCUUUGAGGUGCCUUUUGGCAAACUCCAAGUGGGCUGUCAUGUGCCUUUUACUGAGGAGUGGCUUCCGUCUGGCCACACUACCACAAAGGCCUGAUUGGUGGAGUGCUGCAGAUGGUUGUCCUUCUGGAGGGUUCUACCGUCUCCACAGAGGAACUCUAGAGCUCUAUCAGAGUGACCAUCGGGUUCUUGGUUACCUCCCUGACCAAGGCCCUUCUCCCCGAUUGUUCAGUUUGGCCGGGCGGCCAGCUCUAGGAAGAGUCUUGGUGUUUCCAAACUUCUUCCAUUGAAGAAUGAUGGAGGCCACUGUGUUCUUGGGGACCUUCAAUGUUGCAGAAAUGUUUUGGUACUCUUCCCCAGAUCUAUGCCUCGACACAAUCCUGUCUCGGCGCUUUACGGACACUUCCUUCGACCUCAUGGCUUGGUUUUUACUCUGACAUGCACUGUCAACUGUGGGACCUUAUACAGUGAGGGGAAAAAGUAUUUGAUCCCCUGCUGAUUGUGUAUGUUUGCCCACUGACAAAGACAUGAUCAGUCUAUAAUUUUAAUGGUAGGUUUAUUUGAACAGUGAGAGACAGAAUAACAACAACAAAAUCCAGAAAAACGCAUGUAAAAAAUGUUAUGAAUUGAUUUGCAUUUUAAUGAGGGAAAUAAGUAUUUGACCCCUCUGCAAAACAUGACUUAGUACUUGGUGGCAAAACCCUUGUUGGCAAUCACAGAGGUCAGACGUUUCUUGUAGUUGGCCACCAGGUUUGCACACAUCUCAGGAGGGAUUUUGUUCCACUCCUCUUUGCAGAUCUUCUCCAAGUCAUUAAGGUUUCAAGGCUGACGUUUGGCAACUCGAACCUUCAGCUCCCUCCACAGAUUUUCUAUGGGAUUAAGGUCUGGAGACUGGCUAGGUCACUCCAGGACCUUAAUGUGCUUCUUCUUGAGCCACUCCUUUGUUGCCUUGGCCGUGUGAUUUGGGUCAUUGUCAUGCUGGAAUACCCAUCCACGACCCAUUUUCAAUGCCCUGGCUGAGUGAAGGAGGUUCUCACCCAAGAUUUGACGGUACAUGGCCCUGUCCAUCGUCCCUUUGAUGCGGUGAAGUUGUCCUGUCCCCUUAGCAGAAAAACACCCCCAAAGCAUAAUGUUUCCACCUCCAUGUUUGACGGUGGGGAUGGUGUUCUUGGGGUCAUAGGCAGCAUUCCUCCUCCUCCAAACACGGCGAGUUGAGUUGAUGCCAAAGAGCUCGAUUUUGGUCUCAUCUGACCACAACACUUUCCCCUAGUUCUCCUCUGAAUCAUUCAGAUGUUAAUUAGCAAACUUCAGACGGCCCUGUAUAUGUGCUUUCUUGAGCAGGGGGACCUUGCGGGCGCUGCAGGAUUUCAGUCCUUCACGGCAUAGUGUGUUACCAAUUGUUUUCUUGGUGACUAUGGUCCCAGCUGCCUUGAGAUCAUUGACAAGAUCCUCCCGUGUAGUUCCGGGCUGAUUCCUCACCGUUCUCAUGAUCAUUGCAACUCCACGAGGUGAGAUCUUGCAUGGAGCCCCAGGCCGAGGGAGAUUGACAGUUCUUUUGUGUUUCUUCCAUUUGCGAAUAAUCGCACCAACUGUUGUCACCUUCUCACCAAGCUGCUUGACGAUGGUCUUGUAGCCCAUUCCAGCCUUGUGUAGGUCUACAAUCUUGUCCCUGACAUCCUUGGAGAGCACUUUGGUCUUGGCCAUGGUGGAGAGUUUGGAAUCUGAUUGAUUGAUUGCUUCUGUGGACAGGUGUCUUUUAUACAGGUAACAAACUGAGAUUAGGAGCACUCCCUUUAAGAGAAAUCUCUGAGGGGGUCAAAUACUUAUUUCCCUCAUUAAAAUGCAAAUCAAUUUAUAAUAUGUUUUGACAUGCGUUUUUCUGGAUUUUUUUGUUGUUGUUAUUCUGUCUCUCACUGUUCAAAUAAAAAUUAUAGACUGAUCAUUUCUUUGUCAGUGGGCAAACGUACAAAAUCAGCAGGGGAUCAAAUACUUUUUUCCCUCACUGUAUAGACAGGUGUGUGCCUUUCCAAAUCAUGUCCAAUCAAUUGGAUUUACCACAGGUGGACUCUAAUCAAGUUGUAGAAACAUCUCAAGGAUGAUCAAUGGAAACAGGAUGGACCUGAGCUCAAUUUCGAGUCUUAUAGCAAAGGGUCUAAAUACUUACGUAAAUAAGGUAUCUCUAAAAACCUCUUUUCGCUUUGUCAUUAUGGGGUAUUGUGUGUAGAAUACUGAGGAUAUAUAUAUUUUUAAGCCAUUUUAGAAUAAGGCUGUAACGUAACAAAAUGUGGUUAAAGUCAACGGGUCUGAAUCAUUUCCAAAGGCACUAUGUAUAUACAGUUGAAGUCAGAAGUUUACAUACACCUUAGCCAAAUACAUUUCAACUCAGUUUUUCACAAUUCCUGACAUUUACUCCUAGUAAAAAAAAAUACAUCACAUUCCCAGUGGGUCAGAGGUUUACGUAGACUCAAUUAUUAUUUGGUAGCAUUGCCUUUAAAUUGUUUAACUUGGGUCAAACGUUUCGGGUAGCCUUCCACAAGCUUCCCACAAUAAGUUGGGUGAAUUUUGGCCCAUUCCUCCUGACAGAGCUGGUGUAACUGAGUCAGGUUUGUAGGCCUCCUUGCUCGCACACGCUUUUUCAGUUCUUCAUCGAAUUGAGGUCAGAGCUUUGUGAUGGCCACUCCAAUACCUUGACUUUGUUGUCCUUAAGCCAUUUUGCCACAACUUUGGAAGUAUGCUUGGGGUCAUUGUCCAUUUGGAAGACCCAUUUGCGACCAAGCUUUAACUUCCUGACUGAUGUCUUGAGAUGUUACUUCAAUAUAUAUAUAAUUUUCCUUCCUCAUGAUGCCAUCUAUUUUGUGAAGUGCACCAGUCCCUCCUGCAGCAAAGCACCCCCACAGCAUGAUGCUGCCACCCCCAUGCUUCACGGUUGGGAUGGUGUUCUUCGGCUUGCAAGCUGCCCCCUUUUUCCUUCAAACAUAACGAUGGCCAUUAUUUACAUUUUAGUCAUUUAGCAGACGCUCUUAUCCAGAGCGACUUACAGGAGCAAUUAGGGUUAAGUGCCUUGCUUAAGGGCACAUCGACAGAUUUUUCACCUAGUCGGCUCGGGGAUUAGAACCAGCGACCUUUCGGUUACUGGCACAACGCUCUUACCCACUAAGCUAUUAUGGCCAAACAGUUCUAUUUUUGUUUGAUCAGACCAGAGGACAUUUCUCCAAAAAGUACGAUCUUUGUCCCCAUGUGCAGUUGCAAACCGUAGUCUGGCUUUUUUAUGGCGGUUUUGGAGCAGUGGCUUCUUCCUUGCUGAGCGGCCUUUCAGGUUAUGUCGAUUAUAGGACUCGUUUUACUGUGGAUAUAGAUACUUUUGUAACUGUUUCCUCCAGCAUCUUCAAGGUCCUUUGCUGUUGUUCUGGGAUUGAUUUGCACUUUUCGCAGCAAAGUACGUUCAUCUCUAGGAGACAGAGCGCGUCUCCUUCCUGAGUGGUAUGACAGCUGCGUGGUCCCAUGGUAUUUCUACUUGCGUACUAUUGUUUGUACAGAUGAACGUGGUACCUUCAGGAAAUUGCUCCCAAGGAUGAACAAGACUUGUGGAGGUCUACCAUUUUUUUUCUGAGGUCUUGGCUGAUUUCUUUUGAUUUUCCCAUGAUGUCAAGCAAAGAGGCACUGAGUUUGAAGGUAGGCCUUGAAAUACAUCCACAGGUUCACCUCCAAUUGACUCAAAUGAUGUCAAUUCGCCUAUCCGAAGCUUCUAAAGCCAUGACAUCAUUUUCUGGAAUUUUCCAAGCUGUUUAAAGGCACAGUCAACUUAGUAUAUGUAAACUUCUGACCCACUGGAAUUGUGAAUUUAUAAGUGAAAUAAUCUGUCUGCAAACAAUUGUUGGAAAGAUUACUUGUGUCAUGCACAAGGUAGAUGUCCUAACUGACUUGCCUAAACUAUAGUUUGUAAACAAGACAUUUGUGGAGUGGUUGAAAAACGAGUUUUAAUGACUCCAUCCUAAGUGUAUGUAAACUUCCGACUUCAACUGUAUGCAUGUGUACAUAUAUAUAUAUAUAUAUAUAUAUAUAUAAAUUCUUAAUCCUUUUUUAUUUUUUUAUUUCUUUACUUUUCUUUGGAUUUGUAUGUGUUGUUAGGUAUUGCUGUUGGAGCUAGGAACAUAAGGAUUUCGCUACACCCGCAAUAACAUCUGCAAAAUAUGUGUACACGACCAAAUACAUUUGAUUUUAAUUUCAGUACAUAGUCUAAUGUAGGUUGAAUCACCUCUUUUAGGUGUUUGUCUGGAUCGGGAAUGAAGCACAUGAAGAGGAGAAGAGUGAGGCGAUGGCCUCCGGUAAGUGAAUAUGGAAAACUGCUGCUGAAUUUAACAAAUUAUUAAUUCAUUAUCAUGUAGACUGUUUUUCAUAGAGAAUGUACAUGCCACCCUGCCUUUUGAGUGCAUUAGUCAUGUCAUGACCAAAAUAAUUUGAUUGAGAAGUUUACCACUGGGAAAACUGCUCUCUAUAGAACCCUAAUUUAAUCCCCUCCUCCCCUAGCUGUGCGUUACAUUGAGACAGACCCUGCCAACCGUGACCGCAGGACGCCCAUCGUGAAGAUCAAGCAAGGGUUUGAGCCGCCCACGUUCACCGGCUGGUUCCUGGGCUGGGACCACGAGUACUGGACCAGCGACCCCCUGGAGCGGGCCAUGGCUGAGCUGGAGCUGUGAACCGUCACCUUUAACCCCUAACCCUGCCGCCUGGCUCUACCACACACACUGAGCAGCUCCAGUCAUGAGACUUUCAAUGGUUGAAUCCUUUAUGCCCUGCCAACCUCCUUACUUCUGACUGCCAGUGGGAAUAGAACAGGCUUUCAUACACCUGUUGAGCUGACACAGAGCACUAGUGCACUAUUUUAAUCUCUCCUGAUAAUAAUACUUUAUUAGCUUUUAUACAUAUGCAAAUGAGCAUGUAAGUGACCAAUAAUAAGGGCUUUAAUGGAACCGAAGGCUUAGAUAAAGCAAUCUGCAUGGACAUUUAAAUAUAGUUUGUGUGAGAUAUUUUAUACAUUUAUUUCUACGAUGCCAACAACAGUAGGCUGUUUCUCGCUAUUCAGUAUCUCACAAACAUCCAAAACCUAGCAUAUUACACUGAACAAAAAUAUAAACGC